CCCAGGCACAGAAGCUGCGUUGUUGUCAUCUGGGCACUUUGUCCUUACUACGCAGUCUAGUGCUUAAAACAAGAGAGGGCAUUGAUGGAGUGAGUAUGUUCACAUAUGAAUAUGUUACCCUGGAUUCUCUUCUGUCAUUACAUCCUAUAGCCAGCUGGAUCCAGCGGUGGAGAAAUAGUCAUCAGAGGGAAGUCAUGAAUUUCAAUCCCCACCCCCGGUGAAAUCUCCAAACAGGAAAAUACAUUCUGAGUUAUGGACUGAGAAUUGCACUUGCCUCCCAGAUGGGCUUCUGCGAAGGUAUGAAGAGGAGGGCCUUGGCAGAAGAAUUCUCCCCGGGAGAAGACUUCUUGAAUGCACUUUGAAUCCACUGUACACAUUUCAGAACCACAAUAUUCCCUGAACUGUGCCCUCUAGAACCUCCUGUGAACUUUGAGUCCAGCUCUAGGCAUUGAUGAUACUGGGAAGAGCCAGCAGUUUACUGGUUUCCCCCUUCCGUCUGAUGUGUUGUGUAUCAUGGGACUUGUCUAGCUGUGGACAUUAUUCUUAUUUAGCUAGCAGGUCCAGGAUCUUAUGAUCCCUUCUUCUUGGGCCUGGAGUUCUGCAAGAGAAGGCUCUGGAAGUGGAAGGGAACUUUGCUAAUUAAUGAAUGGCCAACUCAAGAUUUGGAGCCAGAUACGAGACAAAGAGUAUAUCUGUGUGGAAGGACACUGGAACCAGUGGUUCUCAGUUGGAAAUAAUGGAAAGUAGCAAAUGCAUUGGCCUUGACAGCUCCAUCUUCAGAAAUGUCUGGCAAAGCAAAAGUAAGAUUGAAGUACAAGGAUCUGAAGGGGAAUGUUUCAGUCAAAUGAAAAUCAGCUCUGACAAAGAGCCCAAUUGCAAAAAUCAUAAAUCUCUUACAGUACCUCAAGGAAUGUAUGACAGUGAGAAGCCCUAUGAAUAUAAGGAAUAUGGGAGUGUCUUCAGCUGUGACUCAAACUUUGAUCAAUUUCAGAGAAUACAUAAUGGUCAGAAAACAAAUGAAUGUAAUGAAUGUUGGAAAACCUUUGAGAUAAAUAAUUCACAUUCACUACAACUGAGUAUUCACACUGGGAUGAAACCUUGUAAAUAUAUGGAAUGUAGUAAUACAUUUAGUUUUUCUGAGGAUCUUAGUGUAUACCAGAAAAUUCAUAGUGACAGGGAAUUCUAUAAACACAAGGAAUAUAGGAAGUCCUUUAGAAGAGUUGGAGAAAUUAUUCCUCUUCAAAAAAUUCAUGAUGGUGAAAAACCCCAUGUGUGUACAUUCUGUGGGAAGUCCUUUAGAGUACACGUGCAACUUGCUCGACACCAGAAAAUCCAUACUGAUGAGAAACCUUACCGAUGUGUGGAAUGUGGCAAGGACUUUAGAUUUCACUCACAGCUCACUGAACAUCAGAGAAUUCACACUGGUGAGAAACCAUACAAAUGUAUACACUGUGAGAAGGUUUUUAGAAUUAGUUCACAGCUCACUGAACAUCAGAGAAUUCACACUGGUGAGAAACCUUAUGUGUGUAAGGAAUGUGGGAAGGCUUUUGGAGUCUGUAGAGAACUUGCUCGACAUCAGAGAAUUCAUACAGGUAAGAAACCCUAUGAAUGCAAGUCAUGUGGAAAGGUCUUCAGAAACAGUUCAUCCCUGACUAGACAUCAGAGAAUCCAUACUGGUGAGAAACCCUAUAAAUGUAAAGAAUGUGAGAAAGCUUUUGGAGUAGGUAGUGAACUUACCCGACAUCAACGAAUUCACAGUGGUCAGAAACCUUAUGAAUGUAAGGAGUGUGGGAAGUUCUUUAGACUUACUUCAGCCCUUAUUCAACAUCAGAGAAUUCACAGUGGUCAGGAACCCUAUGAAUGCAAGGCAUGUGGGAAGGCCUUCAGACACAGAUCAGCCCUUACCGAACAUCAGAGAAUUCAUACUGGAGAGAAACCCUAUGAAUGCAAGGCGUGUGGGAAGGCCUUUAGACACAGUUCUUCCUUUACAAAACAUCAGAGAAUUCAUACUGGAGAGAAGCCCUGUGAAUGUAAGGAGUGUGCCACCUCGCGAGAGGCGGAGCCGAGGACCCGACGUAGUCUGGGAAAUGUAGUUCAGCGCCGCCCCGCUGAGAACGAAAUGGCGCUGGGCUCGUACCCCGCUGAGCGGGUUCUGUCCAUCCCACAACCGCACCCGGCGUCUCCUGGAGAUCCUCGGACGAGCCGGCACCAGCGGCUUCUGCGUGUUUCUGCCCAGCACGACCGGCGGAGACCUCGGGGAGAGCAGCGCCGGCGGAGUGCGCAGGCGCGGGCCGUGACUCGCCAUGGUCGCCUUUGUGAGCCGGAGAAAAUCCUGUGUGUGACAGGAAUGUUGGAAAGUCUUAAGCCUGAAUCAGAUCUCCUUCAGCAUGGUGAAAUUCUUACAGCAGAAAAACCUUAUGAUUGUAAUGAGUGUAGAGAAACCUUCAACCUGAAGCAGAACUUCAUAGAGCGUCAGAAAAUGCGUACUGGAGGGAAACCAUGUGAGUGUACUGAAUGUGGCAAAGUAUUCUCUCGGGUCUCAUCCCUCAGUCUGCAUUUGAGGAGUCAUUCAGGGAAGAAAUCGUAUAAAUGUAGUAAAUGUGGAAAGGCCUUCAGCCAGCAGCAAAACUUCCUUUCCCAUCAGAAACAUCACACUGGACAGAAACCUUAUGAAUGCGGAAAGGCUUCUGUUCAGAUGCCAGCUCUUAUUAGACACCAGAAAAAUCAUACAGGAAGCAAACCAUAUGCAUGUAAGGAAUGUGGAAAAGCUUUUAAUGGCAAAUCAUACCUUAGUGAGCACGAGAAAAUUCAUACUGGAGAGAAACCAUUUGAAUGUAGUCAGUGUGGAAGAGCCUUCAGCCAAAAACAAUACCUCAUUAAACAUCAGAACAUCCAUAGUGGAAAGAAGCCCUUUAAAUGUAAUGAGUGUGGAAAAGCCUUUAGCCAGAAAGAAAAUCUCGUUAUCCACCAGAGAAUCCACACUGGAGAGAAACCUUACCAAUGUAAAGGGUGUGGGAAAGCCUUCAUUCAGAAGUCAAGCCUCAUUAGACACCAGAGAAGUCACACAGGAGAGAAGCCCUACACAUGUAAGGAAUGUGGAAAAGCUUUUAGUGGCAAAUCAAAUCUCACCGAACAUGAGAAAAUUCAUAUUGGAGAGAAACCAUAUAAAUGUAAUGAAUGUGGAACAAUCUUCAGGCAGAAGCAGUACCUCAUUAAACAUCAUAAUAUUCAUACAGGAGAGAAACCCUAUGAAUGUAACAAGUGUGGGAAAGCCUUCUCUCGAAUCACGUCACUUAUCGUACAUGUGAGAAUUCAUACAGGUGAUAAACCUUAUGAGUGUAAAAUAUGUGGAAAAGCCUUCUGUCAAAGCUCAUCUCUCACUGUGCAUAUGAGAAGCCAUACAGGUGAGAAGCCUUAUGGGUGUAAUGAAUGUGGGAAAGCCUUUUCUCAGUUCUCAACUCUUGCACUACAUAUGAGAAUCCAUACUGGUGAAAAACCUUAUCAAUGUAGUGAAUGCGGGAAAGCUUUCAGCCAGAAGUCACACCACAUUAGACACCAGAGAAUUCAUACUCAUUAAAACUCUCUGAAUGCCUUGGAUUUAGGAAAAACUUGGGUAGAAUUUACAUUUAAUAACAUGUCAGCAAUUUUAUUAUACAUGAAUGUUGGAAAUCCUGCAGCAACUCAAAACUUAAAAUACAAUUUAAUAAGAAGUAUGAGUAUAAUGAAAGCCUGUACCCACCAAAUUUCCACAACAAAUAUUACUAAUACUGUACAUUUAAGAGUAUUCUCAUUAAAGUUAGGAUACAGUCUUGGACACCAAUUAGUACAUUCCUGGAAUUAAUGCAUUAAGACAAUAAUAUGAGAGAAAUAAGAAUUUGAAGAGACAAAAUUAUUUUUGUUACAUACUUUUCUACAUAUAUAAUUUGUAAAACUAUAAUCAUCAAAAUUACUUGUUGAUGCAGUUGUAGAAAAUUGAGACUGGGACAAAAUAUUGAAUCUAGAAACAUGCAUGAAUUUAUAUGGAAUUAGUAAUUCACAGAAGUGGUAUCCCAGAUUGGUGGGGAAAUCAUGAUAACUUAAAAAUGGUCUCAGGUAAUUGACUCUGCAUAUGGAAAAAUAUACUGUGUCAUCAUCAUGCAUUAAAAUAUUGUGAAUUCCAAAUGUAUUGAAAACAAUGUAAAAAGCAAAACAAUAGCCUUGGGAUAGGAAAGAAUUUGUAAACUAGAUUCCAAAAAAUGCAACUGUUACUCUGGAGUUUAUGUACAUGUACCCAAGAAACUGACACACCUGCACAGGGAGUCAUGUAUUGGUCUGUCCAUUGCAGCAUGAAUUAUGGUAGCCAGGAAUUGGACAGAAAUGCUUGUUGCUUGUAAAAUAGCAGAACAAAAUGUGAUAUAGUCAUACAGUAGAAUACUCUGUAUCAGUUAAAUGCAGCAAAUUAAAUCUACACAAACGAUAAAAAAAUGUAAAGGAAACUGAAGUGAUAAACAUAACGAUACAUGUGUGAAUUUGAAUAAAAUCAAUACUAACCAAUCCUAGUAAAAAGCAUUAGUUAAGAACAAAACACUUUCUCUAAAACUAUAAAAAUGAAUCAGAAGAAUACACAUUCAGUUCUCAAAAGUGGUUGCCUCAGCUGAGUACCAGUGACUCAUGCCUGUAAUCCCAGCUACUGAGGAGGCAGAGAUCAGGAGGAUCACAGUUGAAAGGCAGCCUGG